AAAAGUAGCGGGUUGGGAUCCGGAACCCAACAAAAUCUAAACCUAAACAUUUCAUUUCCGCUGAUUUCACCCCAUUUACAAACCCUAGGGGUUUUUCAUUCUCCCUCUCGCUCUUCGUCUCUCUGCCAUCAUCCCCCCCACCAAUUCACACUCUCUAGCUCACCAAACACUCCGCAGAAUCACCACACAUCCUCUUCCGUCAACUUCUCAGUGUCAGAUCUGACAUAAAAUGGAGUUUGGGGGCCGAAAGAGAGGCAGACAAGACGGCGCUUGGAAUGGAGCUCCUAAAAGACCUAGAGACGAAAUGGAGUCCUUUACAUCUGGUGUAGGAAGCAAAUCAAAGCCGUGCACGAAGUUUUUCAGCACGUCCGGUUGUCCAUUCGGUGAAGGAUGUCACUUCCUACACUACGUUCCUGGCGGCUACAGUGCAGUGAAACAGUUGACGAACGUCAGCGGGCCCCUCGGAAGAAAAGCUCCUAUGCAACAACCACCGCCCUUCGCUGCUGACGGUCCACUAAAAAGCAAGCUUUGCAACAAAAUGAACACCCCAGAAGGAUGCAAGUUUGGAGACAAAUGCCGUUUUGCUCACAGUGAGGUGGAGCUCACUAGUAAUAAGCCAUCAUUCUCAGCUUAUGAAGACCCUCGUAGUCAACCAGGUCCCAUCAGUUACGGUGGUGGUGGGUACCAAGGGCGGUUCGAACCACCCGCCCCACCUGGUCUAGCGGCUGCGGCUAACUUCGGUCAAUCUGCCACUGCUAAGAUCAGCAUAGACGGGGCUCUAGCGGGGCCCAUCAUAGGGAAGAGUGGUGUGAACUCUAAGCAGAUAUGCCGCCUUACUGGAGUGAAGCUAGCCAUAAGAGAUCAUGAAACAGACCCGAACCAAAAGAAUAUCGAGCUUGAAGGAACUUUUGAUCAGAUCAAACAGGCGAGUGCGAUGGUGCAUGAGUUGAUCGUGAACCUUGGUGCAGGUGGCGGUGCAAAUGGUCCGCCGGCAAGAAAGUCUGGCGGUUUUCAGCAGCAGGGUGGUGGGCAGGCGCAUGGUUUUGCACAUAAAAUAAAGACGAAGAUAUGUGAAAACUUUGCGAAGGGACAGUGUACCUUUGGGGACAAGUGCCAUUUUGCACAUGGAGAGAGUGAGCUUCGUAGGUAGGUAGGCAACAUAACAUAUUACAUGUGAUUUGGUUGGUGUUGUCAUUUGGCCCAAAUAAUUUAUGUCAUAAUAUAUUGUUGUAGGGUGCAGUUUGUUGGCUGUGGUUAAACAGGAUUUUUUGCUAAAACUUUGUAUUCAUUUUGUUUUGGUUUAACUGUUUCUUUUUCUUAGUUACAUGAAAUUGAAUUGAAAUCC